UAACCUUCACUUUUCGGGGGGUGUCAGUCAGUUCGGUGGGCCGAAUUUGCAUUUUCCUCGCCGAUUCGUAAAUAAAGAAAAACAACAUGGCCCAAACGGAGAAACCGAUGAAAAUAUCGAAAUUUCUACGUCUAAAGGCUUACGAAUUCCUAAAUUCGGCCCCGCAGUCACCGGAAAUCCUGCUACAGAUCGUGAACCACUUCGAGUCUGGAUCGGAUACACCUUCUUGUUUACUCGCCUUGGAAAUGAUUUUUACCAGUUUAUUGAGAGAUAGAAAGAUGUAUUUUGAAAUUAUUCCGUUAAAAAUCAUUGAGAGGACCCCUGAGAAUGAACAGAAGAAAUGGCUACAGGAUGCUUAUGAAGACUGUUUUAUGAAAAUCGUCAAUUUGAUGGACAAUGAGAACCAGAAAGUUGCUAUCCAGAGCCUUAGUACUGCCAUGAAUCUUUUGGCAGCAGAAGGUAGAUUCCCAACAGUAUCAACAACAGAAAACACUGUUCCGUUAUUAAAGCUCAAGAAUAUAUUAAUUAAACUAUUAUCGCCAAAACAGAACAAGACAAAUCUCAUUACAAAAUAUACAGAAUAUCUUUUGUUUGAUGACAUAUUGUUCUUCACUUGGAAACUGUUGCCGCAGUUAACAGCAAAAUCGAAUGCCAGCGAAGUCUACAUAUUAAAUUACCUUAGCCUUUUGGAGAAGUUACAAAUUAACCCGAAUAUUGAGACUAAAUAUUUGUGCAGUGGAGAAUCAGGUUUACCAAUCAACUUUGAUGUAGCACUGACGAAAAAAUACUUAAACAGGGUGUGGCAGUGCAUAAUGCUUUGGCACCACACUCCACAAGUCCAUCGGCAACUUUUAAUAGUUUUAUUAGAAAAGGUCUUGGUUAACUUGGAUAAACCGUUACUUUUAACAGACUUUCUUAUGGAUUCUUUGGAUGUGGGUGGCCCAGUGAGCUUGCUUGCAUUGCAAGGCAUUUUCACAAUGAUCCAAGUACACAACCUGGAUUAUCCGAAUAUAUUUGCCAAGCUGUAUUCCAUGUUCGAGCCGGAAAUCUUCCACACCAGAUAUAAGGCCAGGUUGUUUUAUUUAGCCGAUUUGUUUUUGAGUUCGACUCAUUUAUCGGAAAUGUUAGUGGGGGCCUUCGCUAAAAGGUUGGCCAGAUUGGCUUUGUUGGCCCCGUCUGAGGAUAUUAUUGUUAUUUGUCAGUUCAUAGGAAAUCUUAUUUUAAGGCAUCCCGGUCUUAAGUGUUUAUUACACAAUGUAGACGUAACGACGUCUAGUAACGACCCUUACAUAAUGGAGGAGCGGGAUCCCUUAAAAUCAAAUGCCAUAAACAGCUCCUUAUGGGAACUACAGAGUUUGCAGCACCAUGUACAGCCGUCUGUAGCGAACGCCGCGAGGUUUAUCAACAAUUCGUUACCGCACGUCGAAUGGGACAUCGGGAAAAUUUUGGAAAACAGCGGCAGCGACAUUUUCGAUAAGGAAAUUAAAAAACUGACGAAGCUCAUAGUGUUACAGUUCGAGCAGCCUAAGGACAACAUGUCACUGUUGAGGGGGGAAAAAGUCAAUAUUUUAUGGAAUUUGUUUUAAGGUUAUCGAGCAUAUCAGUUUAAUGUUUUUCUUUUUUUCUCUUUUUUUAGGCAGUUGAUGAACUUAUUGUGAUUCCUCGUUACUAGGAUGUAAUUCUUUUUUUCAUGUUUGUAUUUUACAUAUUUGAGUAGGACGUAACCUGUACCCUUAUUGACGUUAAGGCAGUUUGAAUAGUAAUAUAAGAAACUGUUUUUUUUUUUAAA